CCGCCGUGGGCGCCGCCGUGUGACGUAAGCGGAAGGGCGCGUCACUCUCGGCGGAGGCUGAGGCGGCGCCGGCGGGGCAGGAAAGGACCUCUCAGUAAAACAUGUCGUGGAUCAGAGAGGGYGAGCUGAGCAUCAUAGAGAGGUUCUGUGCCAACAUCAUUAAGGCAGGUCCAAUGCCCAAGCACGUUGCYUUCAUCAUGGAUGGCAAUCGCCGCUAUGCCCAGAAGUGUCAUGUGGAGAGGCAGCAGGGACAUUCCCAAGGCUUUGAUAAGCUGGCACAGACACUGAGGUGGUGUUUGAACCUGGGCAUUCGGGAGGUGACAGUUUAUGCCUUCAGCAUUGAGAACUUCAAACGCUCCAAGGAGGAGGUGGAUGGGCUCAUGGACCUGGCCAGACAGAAAUUCAGYCGCCUCCUGGAGGAGCAGGAGAACCUGAAGAAGCACGGGGUGUGUAUCCGUGUCCUYGGGGACCUGCCCCUCCUGCCUGUGGAUAUCCAGGAGCUGAUUGCCCAAGCUGUGCUGGCAACCAGGAACUACAACAAGUGCUUUCUGAAUGUCUGCUUUGCAUACACAUCRAGACAUGAGAUCAGCAAUGCUGUCAGGGAGAUGGCCUGGGGGGUGGAACAAGGACUGCUGGAACCCAGUGACGUGUCUGAAUCACUGCUGGAUAAGUGUCUGUACACCAACAACUCCCCUGACCCAGAYCUGCUGAUCAGAACCUCGGGAGAGGUUCGCCUCAGUGAUUUCUUGCUCUGGCAGACAUCCCAUUCAUGCCUGGUGUUUCAAUCAGUCUUGUGGCCAGAAUAUUCCUUUUGGAACUUGUGUGAGGCUAUCCUUCAGUUCCAGAUGAACUACAGUGCUUUACAGAAGGCCAGAGACUCCUACCUGGAGGAGAGGAGGAGGCAGCAGAUGGAGAGGGACCAGGCUUACGUGAGCAAGAAGCUGCAGCAGGAGGGGUGUGCACCCCACGGGGACGCGCGGCGCCGGCGGACUCUGCUGCAGAAAUGCACGGCCCUGCGGGAGGAGAGGAUCCAGGGCUUCCUGCAGGCUCUGGAGCACAAGAGAGCAGACUUCUUUGAGAGAUUGUGUACGGUGUCUGCAUGACACAGGUGCUGGGCUCUGGGGAACAGUGUUUGCAGGGAGCAGCUGCUGCCCAGAGGGUCUGGCUGGGUGCGGUCCUGCCCUGAGAUCCAGGGCUGCUCCAGGAUCUCCUGCCCAGGACAGGGAUGGCUGCUGUCAGCUCUGUGGGGCUCUGAUGCUGCUGAGGAAGGUGGUGCUGUCCCUGUCACCUCCCUGCCCCUGCACCCUGCUGGGUCCCUCCUGCCCACUCCUUGGCAGGUCUGGUGUUCGGUGACAAGAAGUUAACUGCAAUGAGCUUCCUCCAGUUUUCUGAUUUCUCCUGAAUUGGCCUGGCCAAACCAAUUCAGUCCUGUUAAAUCAGUCUGGGCUUGGAUUCUUUCCGUGGCUUUGCCAUAGGGAAUCUUCUGAUUUAGGAAUCUUAAGAUUUCCUCUGCUGUCCYUUCAAGGGAGCCUUGCUUUCUGCAGGGAGAGGAUUAUUCUUGGUGUCAGGGACAUUCCCCACUGCAUGCUUGGUGAGAGCAUCUGGUCUUUUCCCCACCUGACUCUGCUGAGUUGGAUGUAUCUGCUCUUGGUUUCUAGAGAUCUAAAGRAAGGGUUUCUAGCCUUACUGUAAAGAAAAAAAAAAAGAUAAUUGAAAGCUUCAGCAGGUUCUGAGAUCUCUGAGCAGUGCAUGUGGGGAAAACCCAAAUGCAGAAGGUGCUGGUGUUGGAUCAGACUGACCUUGGGAAAGGCUCUGAACAGGCAAGGAAAAAGAAUUGAACCUCCUGUCUUAGAAAAGGAAAGAAAAUGGUUAAACCCAGGUGAUGGCUACAGUAUGCCAAACCCUCUGAGGGAGUUCAGGGAAUGAGGGUGGGCUUAAUUCAGGAAUACAGCAGCCAAAACCAAGCUCUGACCCCAGCCCAAAUGGUUCAGAAGGGCUGUUUGGCUGUUUUCAUGGGCCAGAGCAGCCAUGGAGUAUUAUCCUCAGUUUUCCAUUGGCAGGGAGAUGGACAAGCUGAUUUCCAAGAUUGUUUCCGUCUCUGAUUCCUCCUGGUUUCCGUCCCCAUGAUCAAAAUAACUGAAAAUGUCUUGAUUUUUGCUCCUGAUGCACACASAGUACCAGCUGUUGCUGGAUUUGAAGUGUUUCUUCUUACCUCCAGGUGAAAACCAGAAAAUGCAGAUUUAAAAGACUUGUAAGUGCUGCAAACUGAGCACUUGGCCUGUGAUUGUGAAGAGAAGAACUGURUAGUCAAACUGGGAAUAAAGUAUAUUCAUACCAAAGUUAUUUACAAAAUAACCUGAAUGUUUAAAAGUAUGUAGARCUGCUUAUUUCAAGGUGUGAUGAAGUUGGAAUCCAGGUUUAAUAUAACAAUAUUUAACAUGAGACAGACUCCUUAWGUGAUUCCUGUUAGCCUGGGAAUGAUAUGAAGGUAAUUUUUACAGUGYAGUGUGAGCAGUUUGCUGAUACCCYGAAGCCUGGYCGAGUGUGGGCACGAAGCAGGUGCCACCUGUUGUGUAAGUARGAAAAAUAAUUUGGAUAAAAAUGUGCUGAGAUGAUGGGAGCUGUUGRUUUUAAACUUCUUUUGCUGUAUUUUAUUUUCCUCGCAUUUCAGGAAACUGUGGAAACAGUGUGCUCUCCAUGAGAUGGAAUMUCUGCAGUCUGCUUUGCCAGGCUGAUGGGGAGACUCUUCUACUAAAAAAAAAAAGUAUUUUUGCCUUAAAAAAAAAAAAGGUUUUCCAUUGUGUUAUGACUCUACAGGUGACCAAAGCCACAGUGGUGGCUUUCCACAAAGUACUGGUCCUGCUGCARAUGUGGUAAGUGAAGGAUUUGGUUUACUAAGGGCUUAUAUGGAAAGUUUUAAUCCAUUUUGUAAAAGGCAUCGCUGGAGUAGGGGAGAAGGAAAAGUCCUUCAAGCAGUGGCAAACUCAGAGUUGCAGGAGUGCCUCUUUCCAGUGAAUCUUUGGGAACAGAGCCACAGGCUUCUGUCAGUGAGAACUGAGCGUCCAUCAUUCAUGUUUAUGGGCUGAAGAUGGGAAAAAUCAGCACAGCUGGAGAAAAGCACAGUUGAGGUCUGAAACAGUCAGCGUUUACCUGGGCAGGGAAGGGGGGAGGUUGUUCCUUGGGGUGUUCUGCUGAAUGAGGUUUAACUAAAAAGUGAAAGGUUUGGGGCACAGUGAAGUGAUGAAGAUGUUUAGCUGGAUUUGCAGCACAUGUGGCURUGCCAGGUGUGAGGAAUGUCCCCUCUUGGAAGGAGCCCAACUCCCCGAGCCACUUGGCACAAGCAGCAGGCACCUGUGUGAAUUGAUUUAAUGUCAUUUUAUUGCUUUUUAACAUUUUUCUCUCUUCUUCCAGCACUGCCGCCUCCUCCUUUGGCCACAGCUCUGCGCAUCUCCCAUGUUUUCMCAGGAAAAAGGGCUGGGGGUGACUCCCGCGGGAGCCUCUCGGGCGCGGGGGAGGUGCUGAACGAACAGCUCCGCUCACCUGCGCGCGGGAUCGCCCUGGGGGUUGUUCCCCCCUUUCCCCCGAGCCGCCUUUCCCAUCCCAAAUUUUCACCUUUUCCCCC